AUGAGGUGCUGGAGUUCUCAGGAAAGAUGUGGCUGGAUUUACCCCACUGUAGUGUUAUGUACUUUUGGAUUCUUUACAAUGAUGAGACCAGCAGAACCUUUCCUUACUUCCUUUCUAAUCGGGCCCUACAAAAACCUAACAAUGGAACAGGUUUCAAGAAAGGUGUUUCCAGUAUGGACAUACACCAACCUUUUCUUCUUGAUCCCUGUGUUUUUACUGACAGACAUUUUCAGAUACAAACCAUUUGUGGUUAUGCAAGGACUGGCCAACGUGUUGGCUUGGCUCUUGUUAUUAUUUGGUUCUGGACUGAAGUCUGUUCAAUUGGCAUUGUUCAGCUAUGGCCUGGCUUUGGCAAUGGAAGUGGGAUACAUGUCCUAUAUUUAUAGUGUCGUCCAUAAAGAGCACUACCAGAAAGUAACCAGUUAUUCCAGGGGAGCUGUACUCCUGGGAUAUGCAGUUGGUUCUCUCUUGGGUCAAAUCCUCGUAUCUUUUGGAAUAUCCCUCUAUUGUCUUAAUGUCAUCACCCUGAGCUUUCUCUCCUUCACCCCAUUUAUAUCCUUGCUGCUGCCUAUGCCACGGAAAAUCUUGCUGUCUAGGAGCCCAAACAUAGACCUUUCGCCAAAUUCAAGAUACUAUAUCUAUGCCGCAUACUUUGCAACCAUCGCUAUGAUUUUCCUGAUUCGAGGAGUAUACACUUUGCUUCAUCUGAGGCGCAAUCUGUCAGAUGAUGGAAGCUCCAUUCACACUAACAAUGAGAGAAGUUCGCACCUACCUGAAAAUUCCCAGCUGUGA